CGCCCCAUACUCCCGCAUUCAUCCCUCGACUUCGAACUAGCCUUCCCAAAUCCGAACGACAACAAAACGCAUCCAUCUACGCCGGACUGAAUCGAACUCCAUCACAGAAAGGUUGUGUGUCGCUGCUACAUGGGAGAAACGAAGGGAGAGACUGCUCCGGCGGACUGAACCGACCUCCCAUCCCCCGGAAAACGGAAAUCGCUACUCCAACGACGAACGACCUUGAGACUGCUCCAAGUGGACGAGGCGUUGCUCCAACUUCUUUGGAAAACGCAGAGAACGGCCGGAAAUAAGUUGCUUCAAGAUUUGAGGACUUUAAAGAUCCAUUCAAAUUAGUGAGUGUUUAAAGUGUGAAGCUAUGGUGCGAACUAGUUUGACAAAUCUUGUUGGAAGACGUUGCAAAGUUGGUGAAAUCAGCUUUGUCUGUUCAGUAGAUUUCUCAGUUUCGGAAGAUGUCGUGGGCCCAUCUUCUUGAUGUGCCAAACCUUCAGCUCUCUUCUCAAAUUGCCCAUAGCUUGUUGUUAAGGCUUGUGAGCAGCCCGAAGACGAACUAUGGUUUUGCGUGAACGAGAAGUUGUUGAAGUUUACGUAUGCCAACUUUGAAUGCAACAUUGGCCUCCGUUCUAAAGGUCCAACUUCAGUCUUCUCCUAUGAUGAUGAAGGCAAUGGGAUGUUGCUAGAUAACUACUUUGGUGGUGCCACCGAGAUCAGCUUCAGGACGUUGACGAAAAAGAUGAAAUCAAUUAAGCCGAAAAAGAGAGGAGCUCGCGGUAAUGCUUUGAAGCUUGCAUGUGUUUUUUAUGUUUAUGUGUUUUACUACCAAGGAACAAGAAAACAAACAUGAAUUCACAGCUUCUGAAAUGGGUUGAGGACUUAGAGAAAUUUAAAGCUUGCCUUUGGGCAAAAGAGUCAUACAAUUUGAUGGUUUCUCAUAUAAAGACCUUUAUGGUUGGGCAAGCCGAUAAGUUCAACUAGAGUAAGGCCGCCAAUCCCAAAUACAAAAACGCAAAGUUCACAUUGCACGGGCUUCCUCACGUCCUACAGGUUUAGACUUACGAGAGUUUGCCUGAGCUAGGACGGAGAUGUGUUGAAUGCGUUGGUAAUCAUGAAGUCCCCUUGCUCAACUGGAAGGCUACGGGGUUCUUUCAUUUGCAUAAGCUAAAUGAACUGGUUUUCAAGGAUCAUUAUGAUGUAAUGUAUUUGUGUGUUUUUAAAAUAAUAAAUUUUGCAUCAAAGUGUGUAAAUUAGUAUAGCUUAUACGUGCAUGAGGAAGAAGAAGACGAGGAAGACCAUGGUGAAGAAGCAGCGGUGGAUAAUAUCAAGGAUAAUGAAGGGUUCAAAGCUAAGAUGGUGGAGGACAUGGAAAUGCUACGGGCGCAAGUGGCGGCCCUGGAGGAGAGGUUGAAAGUAAUGGAAGAGAGGAUGAAUGCCGGGAGUGUGGCUGAGGUGGAUGUUGAUGUCCAUCACAAGUCUACCAAAGUUGAGGGGAAGCAUGAUGAAGAUGAAGAUAAAGAUGAACGCAAAGAGGGCCAGGUUGCUGACGAGGGCAAUGAAGCUGAAGUCCAAGAUGAAAGGCAGGGAGUCGCACAUGGUGUUGAAGAUGAAAAGCAUGAGGAAGUAAGUCUUAUUGUGUUUCCCACUAUAGAACAAGUUUCCUCUUUCCAUACAGUGCUGAAUUGUCUGUCUUUCCUUGCCUUUUGUUUGUAUCAUAUAUUUUUUGUUUGGCUGCCUGUCCUUUAACAUGAAAUGCAGGUGGAUAAUGCUAAUGCAUCCAAUAUUAAUGAGUGUGUAGUGAAUAUGGAUUAUGGUGGACUUUUUUUAAUCAAUGGACUUCUAAAAAAGUUUAUGGACUUUUAAAUCAACAGACUUUUUAUGAAUGAAUUCUAUUGAUUUUUAAAUCUAUGGAUAAGUUUAUAGACUUUUAAAAAGUCCAUAGACUUUUAAAUCUGGACCGCCAUUGUCGGUCGUCGGAAUUUCACCAGAAUCACCGCUGCCGAUUUGCCUUUCCGCCUCUGUCACUGGAGUUCGCCGCCAACAGAAUGACUUUGGUUAUGCAAGGGAAAUAUGGGAAAUUAAUUAUAAUAAUUAAUUAUAUUAGGGGGAGAAAUGUAAUACUCCGUAUUUAGUCCUCCAUCAUCAUUACCCCGGUGCCGCAAAGGCUCCCACACCUUCGGUGGGGUAAGGGGAGGUCGGAUGUACGCAGUCUUACCCCUGUGCUAAAGCACAGAGAGACUGUUUCCAGAUGACCCAUAGUGAAAAUCGCGUCGAAAAUUACAUGGACUGACUGUAGCUUCAUAACAAAGAAGCGCAGACAGUUUAGUAAGCCAUGUUGCUUUAUUCCAUCAUAUUCCCAAGCCCAAAAAUAAUGAGUCUUUGGCUCCAUUACAAAUGAUGGAAAUAGGAGGUAGUAUUUAGUCCUAUUUAGUGAAAAUCAAACAUAUGAUCAUACUUUGGUAAAAUGCUACAACGUAUGUUUUAGUCCUACCAUGAGUAAUUUCUUAUGUGUAAUAUGAUAAAAAAAACAAUUGUAUACAUAAGUAAAUAAAUGAAACAAAUGUAAUUCAUCCAGCAACGCAAAGUUCUACAAAAAUAAAUGAAGCAUAAGAACCCAAAUUUAUUUUUGGUAAAAAGAAACUCAAAGCUUCGAGAAUGCUCAACAAUCUCGAUAUAUGUAUGAUCAAUUGUUAUACUCCGUAUUACACAACUCAAUGAGUAAGAACAUUGAUAAUUACACAAGUGUUACACUCAUUGCUACACAUGGUACAAACAUAGGUGAAAUCGAGUUUUUCUUCUUAAUAAUUGUUUUUUUUUUUUCAUUUUUAACUUGUUAUAUUUGGUAUACUUAUUUACGUUGAAUGUUUAGUAAUUUGAAAUUAUAUUUUUAUGUGUUACCAGGUUAACGAUGAAACACAUUAAUAGUUAAAAAAAAAUCUUAAUGAUUAACUGACAACGUACCAGAAUUGAUAUGGGAUUAACGGUUCAAGAACUGAACUGAUCUCACCCCUACAUUUUUCUUCAUACGACGACAUAUAAAAUAUCAGUAUUUAUUUAUUUUUUUAAAAUUGAAAAGAUAAGUUUAUCUUGUGUAUCAGUAUUAGUGCAGAAACUUCUUGUUCAACUUAUGUAUCGUAAAAUGAUAGGGGAAAAAAUCAAAAUUUAAUGUUCAAAUCUUGCAUAAUGAGACCAUCCUGGUACCCACCUUCCGUCCCGAUUGGUACUAGUCCAGAAUUUGUUGGCCGGUUUGUGAUCUCAGCUAAAUAAUUAGCUAAAUCUGCAAUCAGAUCUAUGUGUACUUAUGAUGAGUAGAAGACGACUAUAAAAGUUCAUAGAAAUCUUUGGUGAAAAGAAUAGACAAUUGCAGAAAAUUAAUGUACUAAAAAUGAGUUAAAAGUCCACGAGAAUCCGUAAUUUUAGAAAUCCAUAACAAUGAACGGAAAUUUGAAUACGCCUAGACUUUUAUAGACUUUUAAAAGUCUAUAUUGAAUACACCCAGACUUUAUAGACUUUUAAAAGUCUACAUUGAAUACACCUAAACUUUUAAAAUCCACGGACUUUUAAAAUUUUGUCACUGACUCCUAAUACAAUACACCCCCAGGAAAACAUUGUCCUUAAAAAAUGAUACGGAGUACAUUAAUCAUUUUUACUAAAGUACAUGAAUGAAUUAUUUAGAUGACAGUAAAAUGUUUGUUUUUCACUUUAAAAUUAAUAUUGCUUUAGAUGUCAGCAUUUAUAGUAAUUUUUUAUUUCAAACAAUUCAAAUAAUGUCGGUCAAAUAUGAGUGACCUGAUUAUGUUGGGGAAUAAGGGGUAGGAAAAGAAUGGCAGUGCUAUUUAGGGAAUAUAGAAUAGGGAAAAGAGGCAAAUAAGCCCUCGAACUAAUCAAAAAAGUGCAAAUAAGCCCUUUUGUAGGAGGUUCCGCCCGGCCAUCGUCAUUUGGGGAGGUUCCCGGUGAAAUUUUUUGAUGAAAUUUUUUGAGUAUCUUAUUCAUUAAGUCUAGUUUAGUCAUACCGAAUUUCAGCUAAAAAUUCAAUCGGGAAGACAGUCAAAUGAAUUUUUGAAGAUAACUGCGCAGUUAAACAACACAGUAUAUUUCCGAAAAUCAUUUGAGUGCCUUCCCGGUUGAAUUUUUAACUGAAAUUGACCAACGCAGUUAUUUCACUUGAGUGCCUUCCCGGUUGUACACAUAUUAGAAGAGUAGAAUAAUAUUUCACUCUUAUUUGAGGCAAUUGCUUUAUUAGUUAGGUGUUUCAUUUGUAAAAGUUCCAUGAUUGGAUAAUAUUUCACUCUUAUUUGAGGCCAUUGCUUUAUUAGUUAAGUGUUUCAUUUAUAAAAGUUUCAUGUUUGUACUAUGCAACUAGUUUUUUACACGCACGUUGCGCGAUUGAGUAAAUGCUCAAUGUUGUGUACAUAAAAUGCAAUUUAUAGAGAUAGCUUUAAAAUCCGAUAUAGAAAAAAAGGAUGUUGGUGAAAGAUCCCAAAUGGGAUUAAGGCAUCAGCAAUAGCUUUAACCAUAUAAUGCUUUCCUGCAAUUUUUUUAAUCAUUCAUUGGAGCCAUUGCCAUGCUCCGUGAGCUGAUCAUGUGUUUCAUAAUUUGCAUAAUAACUUUAGAAACUGUUGAGAUUUCAUCCUCCCAUCGAGCUUUACAAUGAGCUGUCCAAAUAUUCCAUACUAUAUAACCCCAGGAAGAAUACCAAUAUAUUGGCCAUCAAGAAAAUGCCGACUUGCAGCAAAUCACCAUUUGAAACAGCACUGUUUAAGAGUGGUUAUGGAGCAUUUUAUGUGCAAUAAUCCAAAGAAAAAAACGUCAAACUUGAGAUGAAAAUUGACAAGAAUGCAACACAUGUUCUGGGGUGUUAAUCUUGAUUUACUUUUCAAAUGAAGCAGCGAAGAACCUCUACAACUCAGGUCAAUGAGGAUGAAUGGUUACAGCUCAGGUCGAUGAGGAUGAAUGGCUACAACUCAGGACGAACCGAGUACAGCUCACGGCAAUUUCCCUGCUAACACUGCAAUUGACAUGCUUCCGUUUAGCCAUUUGUAAUAUUUUUUAAUUAUAUACUCCGUAAAUACUAGAAAUAGAAAAAGAGUAGCCCUUUGUGAAAUUUCUUAAUUCUUUACGGCUCAAUGCAGUUCUGCACUAAAUUUAAGAAAAAUCUUAAAACUUAUGCAUGGUUCUGUAAUAAACUUCUUUGUAGUUCUUUGAAGCUUCUUAAAUCUUUAUGCUUCUUAAGGCUAUAGUCUUUUUAUUGAAACUUUUCUUCAAUAAACUAUUUUGAGUGCUACUUGUUCUAUAUUGUUGAUUUGAUAGGUGAAUGAUUCUCGCUAAUUUGAGUUGUUUGAUAAAGAAGAGUACAUGCCUACUGCCAUCAAAGUUAUGAAUUCUUUGAAGAGGAAAAAAAGAUGAAUUGAUUGAGUAGGAGAAGCAAUUGAAGAAGUUUGGCAGGGAACAUCAAACUAUGGCAAGAGGAGAAAGUUUAACUGAAUAAUCAAGUGAUAUGGUGGUAAAAUGGCAUGGAGGAGAAACCUUUACUGAAUACUCUACUGGGUGUUAGAAGCUGAGUUAGAGGAAAUGAAAUUGAGUCAUGUAUCAAAGAUAGAGAUUUAAAGUGUAAUAGCUAGAUUGCUAGUACUUGCCUUUGUUUUUGAUAGGUGUAUUUGUGUCAGUUGGUUUACUUGUAAACAAAAUUUGUUGAGUACUAUGGAGUAUAUCAGUUAGUGGAUGGUAUGAUUUAAAAUGUAUUGAGUACCAUGUCAAUUUGUUUUGGGUCUUAUUCUGCAGCUCAUGAAAUAAAAUGUAUUAAGUUUAUUGUGAAAUUGUUUGCCUCUCG